UAAUGGUGAGCAGUUUGGUGAUGUUGAAGCUCAUUGCAAAAUGUGUUUUUAAUGUUUGUUUUAAAUUUGGUACAAUAGAUUUAGCUACUUGACCAAAUGUGUAAUUGCAUGUUGAAUCAUUUGGAUACACUUUUGUAAUGUAAGAUCUUCCAUAGGGUUAGCCUAGCAGGUUUCACAUAUUUAUGAUUUAUUUUCAAAGCAAAUGUAUUUUGUCAUAUUGAUAUAAUUACAAUUUGCAAUAUUCUGGAUAAAGUACUUCAUUACAACAUUUUCAAAGUUAAGGGCUCUGAUAUCAGUAUCUACUAUGAUAAGCUUGUAUAACGUGAUUUAAAACAGAAGUGGGAAAAGCGAAUUAUGUCAAUGUUUUGAAUGAUAAGCAAAUGAGGGGUAGAAACCCCCACCUGGACACUCAUUGGCCACUUCUUGCUCCUUUUAUAUUGACAUUUUUGUCAUUUAACAAAUGCUUUUAUCCUGAUUUACAAAAAGGAAAUGAAAGAAGCAAGAAACAAUGUUUAAUCUUUACUCUCUUUAAUCUUUAAAUAAAAAAUCACAAUAUGUCCUUCAUUCACCAUAGACAUCCAGGUGAGUGUGUGUGGUUGAUCUCACCAGCCUCAUGUAAAGCAGCCUCCCUCCUCUUACUGAUGGAUGCUGGGAUGUGGGUGAGGCUGCAUGCCUGUGGUGCAAUGAAGCCACACAGGUUGAACCAGCCGUCAAUAGUGUUGGCCAUCGUUUGGAUUUUAACAAUUCUGAUUCAGAUUCUGAUUAUGCUUAUCGAUUUAGAUUCUGGAAUUUCUGAUUCUUUGAGGGGCGGGAAAAAGAAACGGACAGGUUGCCGUGGGUCGUAACCACGGUGAUAGCACGCCCCCUUCAUUCCUAAAAUUCUCAGCCCGAAAUGGGCUCAAUGGCACCUUCACUCUUUGGGUGCCUAAAUGUCGGGGUAUUAACCUCUGUGAUCACCACGUAACCAUCAUGUGCAUCUUCCCACGAACAAAAUAUGUUUGCACAGGUUUUGCAUCGUGCUGACACGUCAUUGUUAUUUACAUAAUGGAGCCAGGCCGAUUUUGUUGCCAGGGUGAAACGCCUGCUGUGGCAGUAAGCCCGAUUCCGACCCCGCAGUAAACCUGUUUUAUACACCACCAGCUGCUGUCCAGUUUCGUAGGAGCCCAGUGAAGACACCUAGGUGUCGGUGGUAGGGUCAACUUGUUACCAUCAUCAAGCAUACAAAUGUGCUGUGUGCUGACACAAUGUACAGACCACCUACUGGUUUUCUGUGUGUUGAGAUCACAUUUGCAGACUUAAGGGAUCAAGAAUGACCCAUGAAAGGCAUGAUGAGACGGACGACCAUUUUUUUUAACAAUAAGAAUUGUAUUCUCAAGUCUAAGCAAAAACAAAAAUUAGGCAAAAACAAGUGCAAAUAAAACAAAUAGCUCAUGACAGGUGAAAACACAUGAACAGGUAAACACAGGCACGUCUAUCCGUCAAGCUGGCAGUCAGUAUCCAUAGCAGCAGCUAGAGUUCUCGCAACAAAAUUGUAAUUGAUUAUAAUUAUUUGGUUAAUGAUGUAUCAAAGUACUUUUUUUCUUCUGAAGAUGAUUUCACCAAUAUUGAUACAUUUAUAAUUAGUGAGGUGAAGGGAAAAAAAUAUAUUUCCUGAACAUGUUGCCUAUAGUUUGGAGUUGGAUCUUUUGCUGAACAAUAACCCAAUAUACUCCUGUGAUGUGGAAGUUAAAAUAGGUGGAUAUUCAAAUGAUAUUUUGAGAUAUCAUCUUUCUAACGUAGAUCUCUAUCUCUCUCACACACACACACGCACACGCACACGCACACGCACACACACAUGCACACACACAUGCACACACACACACACACACACACACACACACACACACAUGCACACACGCACGCACGCACGCAUGCAUGCACGCACGGCUGAGGAUGCAACAAUGACAAGGCUUGGUAUACUCUGUCACCCAUCCCACAUGAGAGGGACACAAGCCACCACCCUUCUCUUCAGCAAAGAACAAGGAAGUGUGUCAUCAUUCACUCCGGACUCAAUCAAAACGAUGGAGAUUCUAUUUUUAUUGCUGGGAUUUCUCUUCUUUGUCAAAGGUUGUGCUGGCCUUACUCUUUAUGGAGAGGUCGGAGGGACGGCCAUAUUUCCAUGCAACUCAACUAUGGAGAACAUCAAUUUUAUUUACUUUCAAGGAGGCCCAGAUUUUAGUGUUUUUAAAAUUGGAUAUCAUAAGACGAAGAACCUCACUGAGCCCAAAAGACUUCACACCAAAUUAAGCCUUGAAAAUAAAACGGUAACCUUUGGGAAUCUAACCGUCUUAGACGAAGGGACAUACAAAUGCAUCAUAAGCCAUGGGGACCCCGGUGGAAUUACUGAAGACACUACAACAACUCUCAUCCUAAUUGCAACCCCCGAUGCAGUCACACUAGAGCACCACAACCCUCAGAUUGCUGGUGAAGUCUCCAAUGCCUCGCUUACAUGUACUGCCAUCGCGGCCUAUCCAGUCAGCAAAAUAUCAUGGAAUGACCCUUCUGUCCACAAGCAUCCAUCGGAGGACAGAGUUACAAAGGAUAAUAAUUCUUUGCUGUUCAACAUCUCUAGUACUGCUUCCUUCAACUGUUCAGACGGAUCAACGCAACUCAUCAUAUGCUCUUUGGGGGGCGUUUCCUCUGACGGGAAGAUUGUCUGUCAGCAGCCUAAAGGUGAACCUACCGAUACUUCAUUGCGCGUGCACCACUACCCUGCAAUCGUAUGGCUGGCAGGUGUUGCAGUGUUGGCACUUUUGCUUCUUCGUUAUUGGAAACGCAGAAGUAAUCCACGACCACCGAUGCCGGAACAGGAUAAUGUGCGGUGAGUGGAACUGGUCUUCCGGCCGAGAACUGAUGAGACUCCAAUCAGACAGCGCAGCGUGCAGCAAUGGGUAGGCCUACCAUUGGGACCACGGCCGAGAAGGAGACUGAUAUAUUGUUGACCACAGGGACUUGAACUUGCUUUGUUUACUAUGUGUGUGUGUGUGUGUGUGUGUGUGUGUGUGUCCGUUUGAGUGUGUGUGUGUGUGGUGUUGUAGUUACAGAAUAGCAAAAGGGUAGGACAUUAAGCAAGAAUGUCAUGUUAACAUCUAAGUGGCAAUAAUGUUGAUAUUUCAAGAACACUGGUUAAUA